AUGAAAGAGAUGCAGAGCAAAGGAAUUGAGCCCAAUGCUAUCACCUAUUCCACCAUAAAUAUCCAUAUGGGCCCAAAGCAGGAAAAUUGGACCGGCUGCAAUGUUGUUCCAGAAACUAAGGACUUCUGGGUUGAGAUUGAUCAGGUUCUUUAUCAGACAAUGAUCGUGGCUUAUGAGAGGGCAGGGCUAGUUGGUCAUGCCAAACGCUUGCUCCAUGAGCUUAAGCACCUGGACAACAUGCCCAGAGAGAUUGCAAUUACCAUUCUUGCUCGAGCU